UCCAAGAAAAAUAACCCAAUUCAAAGUUGCAGAGACGCGGACAUUGAAAUCAAUGCAUUGAUGAAUGCCAACUCUCAAUUGUUUUGAUAGAUCUGUGGCUUCUUGGUUUGCACGCAUCUUUACUUUUAUGGGAGGUUUUUUUGGAUGUUGUACAAAGCCAACUAUUGUAAUAUCAGUGGAAGAUCGAUCCAAGGGACUGAAAAGUCAUGGUCAACAGGUAAGGAAUACAAGAUUGAGAGAAGACUUUUGGAGCAGUAGUACCUGUGAGAUGGAUAAUAGUGCAUUUCAAUCCCAUAGGAGUGCCUCGUCAAUUAGCACCUCAAACAACACUCAUGAUCCUUCUAUCUCUAGCACGGGCAACAUAAGCCAGUCAGAAUUUGUAAAUAAUGGUUUAAUGCUUUGGAAACAAACUAGGCAACAGUGGAUUGGGAACACGGAAUCUCAGAAUCAUGUACCACCUAAUAGGCCCAAAUUAAGUUUUGAGGCAACCUAUGAGAACUUGCUGGGAACAAACAAGCAAUUUCCUAGGCCAAUACCUCUUCCAGAAAUGGUAGAUUUCCUUGUUGAUAUCUGGGAACAGGAGGGGCUUUAUGAUUAAUUAAACUGUGUCCCAUAUUGCUGCAAAAUACUCAUACUGACAAGUUCAUGUUUGCGCGCCUUUGUAGAAGUUUCUUCUUGGGCCAAGGGGCGUUUAAGGAGAUGUCACUUUUGUAAAUUUCUCUGUAAACCGAUGGGGAGUUAGGAGAAUGUGUUCAAUUAAAACUUCUAUAGACUUGUACAUUGGUACACCCUCCAUCCGCAUUUAGUGUUACGGGUUCUGAUUGACACAGGAUUUGUGAACGAUGAGAAUUGUGUUGUUGGGUGAUUUGUAAAAAGGAAUCAAUGAAUAUAAAAUGAAAGAAUGGCAUGAAUAUAACUCUUUGGCUUUUAAGAGACAUAAAUGUGACCAAAAAUUGAUUGGACA